CACCGCCCCUGCCACCGCCACAGCCACCGCUGAGCCCCCCUCUUCCCCCAAUGACAUUCCCGAUGCCUCCAGCACCGCCGCCGCCGCCACGGAGCAGUCCCCCAAGAGCCCGGCCGGCACUGCCGCUGCCGCCGCCCUUACCUCCAAGGAAUGAAUUAACUAGGAACAUUGUGGUGUCUUGGGGACCCUGAUUUCGGUCUCCUGCCCUCGACGCAGCGCUGCGAUCCGCUCCACUCGUCGCCAGCAGCCUCAUUCAGUUUUUAUGGCACAGAUUUUCAGAAAUUCCCUAAUCACAAAGUGUAGCUUAAAGGAUUACAACUUUAAAGUGAAUCUACUCCAGCUUCUUCAUUUUAUAGAUAAGGAAACUGAGGCCCACAGAAGUCAAUGUGACUUCCCAUGUUACAUAGGUCUGGUUCCAAAACAGAAGAGCUAGACAAGGUAAAGGUCCAGACUCUCCCUCAUCCACCACCUCAAGUAAAGAGAUGGAACAGCAGGAGAAUUCAUCACCAAGUCAAAUUCUGAAAAAGGACCUCUCUGAGAAUGAUCAGUCUUCAUCUAAGGAAUCUGAGUCUGGCUCCUGCACAGGUCUGGAGCCCAGGCAGGAAACUAGCCAAAAGAGUAGCCUCUCCCUAGAGAGGAGGUGGCUGGCUUCAACUCCACAAGCUGCUCAUUCAGGAUACAGUGGUUCCCCAAACCAUCACUCUGUCUCUUCCCCAACAGUGAGACCUUCCACUCAGGCAAUGCCCAAGGGAAGCUCCUACUUGCGUAGGAGUCAGCUAUACACAAGCUAUUACCAAUCGUCUUUUCUGAGUUCCCAGGAGUCCCCAUAUCAGCUGCGGCAUUCUCACCCCCAGCAGGUACCAAGUAUGCUGCCCUCAAUGCCCCAACAUCCUACCUUGCAGUCUCAACAGGAGACUUCAGAUCUGUAUCAGUCCCUACAGGAUCAUGAAAGCCAGAUACAACCAUCCCCAUUGGUGAAGAUGGAAGAACAACCAUAUUUUAGCCAGACACAAGAAAUGCAGCUCACCAAUCUACCUGGAAUAACUAUGGAGACUGAGUCAACAUUGCUUCCUUCUAGUGGACAUCUGGCUGUCCCACUGGAAGGUCUAGCUGUCCCUCACAAACACCUGGCUGCCCCUCAGGGACACUUUCCUGCCCCUCAGGGACACUUUCCUGCCCCCCAGGGACAUUUUCCUGCCCCCCAGGGACAUUUUCCUGCCCCCCAGGGACACUUGCCUGCCCUCCAGGGACACUUUCCUGCCCCCCAGGGACACUUUCCUGCCCCCCAGGGACACUUGCCUGCCCCCCAGGGACACUUGCCUGUCCCCCAGGGACACUUGCCUGACCCUCAGCAACAUUUCACUGGCCCCCUGGGAGAUCUACCUGUCCCCCAAGGACACCUCUCUGUCCCUCAUGAAUACCUGUCUGCCACCCAGGGACACUUGCCUGCUCCUCAGGGACAUUUGGCUGACACCCUAGCUAUCUCCCAGGGACACCUGUCUGUCCCUCACGAACACUUGACUGCCCCUCAAGAAUACCCGACUGCCUCCCAAAUGACCGCCUAUCAGGGGCAUCUGAUCACCCAUGAUGGAAACCUGACUACCCUCCAGGAAAACCUGGCUACCCUACAAGAACACUUGACUGCUCCUCAGGAACACCUGGAUGACCCUAUGGAAGAUCUAGUUGUCUCCCAGGGUCACCUGAUGCCCCCCUGGAAAAUAUGAUUGGUUUCUUUUGAGAUAUGACAAAAAAGAGACCAGAUCCUAACCUACUCUUCAGAUCCUCAGAUCCGAGUGCCAUGUCAUGCCCCCCUCAGAGACAGAACUGAGUACCAUCACCCUCCCUCACCCACCUCCACCCACACAGGGGAGGAGGCUCUCCCAUUAGGUUGCUGGGCAGCAGAAGAGAUGAUAUGAAAAAUAUCAUCAGGCACAGAAGAUGGGGGAAGGGAGCAGCUCCAUCCAAGUCCCUCUGCCUUUCUAGCAAUGAACUCUGGGUAGGGGGCAGGUGGCCACAUGCCCACCAAGAGAGCUCUACAUACCAUCUUUGGCACUCAUACCAUAGGUUUGCCAACACCGGACUAGACAAUGGGGGUCAAGUGACUUGCCCAGGGUCACUCAGCUGGGAAGUGUCUGGCAUCAAAUUUGAACCCAGAACCUGGAUUCACCCCCAGAAUAGCCUGGAUUAAAGAAUUAAAAUUAAUCCCCUUAAGGACUGCCUCAGAAAAUGGGGCAUGAUCUUCCAUUGUAUUUUCUAUUUCUAUUGUAUGAAGAUACAAUAUGUAGAUUAUUAAAGUUAAAUUGAGUCAGAACUCUGACCUGACCAACAGAGAUGUCCUUUCUGCAGUACUGCCUCUGAAUUUUUAUUUCUUCUGAGUAAGUUUGAGUUUAUUCUAUUCUUUUUUGU